GACGGGGAGAGAGGGAAUGGGAGAGGCCGGGCGAAAACCCUUCCUCACUCGACUGCCCAAGGAAGAGAGGACAGAUGAGGCCAAAGCUCUUUCCACGGGCGAGGCAGCGAAUCAGGCAGGAAAGAGGGCUGAGAGAGGCUGUUCUGUUGGGCUUGAAUCAGGAAGAAGAGCAGAAGAGACUACAGAAAGAGCUAUUGGCUUUACAGAAUGAUCCGCCACCAGGAAUGACCUUAAAUGAAAAGAGUGUACAAAAUUCAAUUACACAGUGGAUUGUAGACAUGGAUGGUGCUCCUGGAACAUUAUAUGAAGGGGAGAAAUUUCAACUGCUAUUUAAAUUUAGUAGUCGUUAUCCAUUUGACUCUCCUCAGGUCAUGUUUACCGGUGAAAAUAUUCCUGUUCAUCCACAUGUUUAUAGCAAUGGUCAUAUCUGUUUAUCUAUUUUAACAGAAGACUGGUCUCCAGCACUUUCAGUGCAAUCAGUUUGUCUUAGCAUUAUUAGCAUGCUUUCCAGCUGCAAAGAAAAGAGACGACCACCAGAUAAUUCAUUUUAUGUAAGAACAUGUAACAAGAAUCCAAAGAAAACAAAAUGGUGGUAUCAUGAUGACACUUGUUGAUGCCACCAGUUUGUGAAUCUCCUAACAGAAGAUAGUCCUACUGAGAAAAUGAGCACUUUGAUCAUUCAGUCUUUGAACUAUAACCUCCUGACUGGAAGUGACAAAUAGGCAAUGAAGACUACUUCCUUAGACUGCAUUUUUACUAGUGUGCAUUCUGGGCGCAUGUUGAUCGCUGGUUCAGGCCAAGCUACUGACAUGCUUUUCUUGGUCAUACAGUAUUAAUGCAGGUGUCAGAAAAUCUAAAGACUUCGAUUUUUUAAACUUUUGGAAGAAUUCCAGGUCUUUGUGUAUUGUGCAAUAAUAUGAAUUUCUUGACGGUUUUGGUGUAUCCAUUGCCGGCAAAAGAUUGUAUCAGGAAACUUAUACCCCUGCCACAAAGUUAGAUGCAUGAUAGAGCCUUUGAAAAGUUUUAAGUAUAUUGGGAUUAUAAGUAACCUUUAUGUUAAAAGCCACCUAAUUGUUUAGCUAUGGAUUCUGUGCACUGUGAUCAUAAAACUAGCGGCGUGAAUUAAAACAUGCUUAGCUAAAGAACUAAUAAGAUUAUCACAUAUUUAAUGAACUGUCAAUGUUUUGACAAGGAAGAUUUUUCCAAGUUAUAUCAGCAGAGAGGUACGUACUAUGUUAUCCCUAUGGUGAAAUAAAUACCUUUUUGUGUGUAUAUUAUCUUUCUGAAGCAAAGGUAUGAAUAAAAUAGGGUAGGAGUGAUUUAAUCAAGGCAAACUUUGUUCUGGAAAUGGGAACAGAUGGCAUUGAUACAACUGAAUUUGCUGCAGUCCAUAAUUGGACUUGUUAAUAUGUACACUAGAGCUGUUUUCCAAGUAGAUUGCACACUGUUAUUUCAUACUAGCCUUCAGCAUGAGCCCUGUUGCCUACACAAUAUUUCAUUUAUUUAUAUGUUUGGAAAUUUUGUUUGAGUUCACUGUUUCUUUCAUUGUGUUAUAUGUCAUAUUUGAAUGUUACAAAACAAUAUUUUCACUGAAAAGCUGUCAGAAGAUAUUUUCUUGUAAAUUAUUUCCUUACCUUGUAAACAUUUAUCUUGUCUUUUAAUCCUGUACUAUAAAGGAAGAAAUACAUUUUGGGCAGAGAUGAAAUGUUUUGACAAAAAAGUGUGGAUCUUUUUAUUUAAGCUUAGACAAAUAUAUAUAUAUUUUUCUUAUCUUCCUUGUCCCAUACAGCCAUAGCAAUUUUUCCAGGUUUUUCUUCAAAGAUCUGACUACAGCUAGAUUUACCUUUUUAUAUAGAAAAACAAUUGUUAAACAAUAGUGAAUUGUUCUUCACCUCUAUGUAAUUUUCUGAUGUCGCAUCUAGGCUGUCUUUUUAGGAAGCACUGAUGUGUCUUUUAUAAACUUACUACCUUUACACAUAUGCAAACUUUCUAUUUCAAUGCUCUUUUUAACGAUGCCUUAUUGUUGCACUAAAAAAAAAAGUCAAACCUAGUAGUCAAUAAAUGAAUGUCUGAAUUGAGUAAAGCUCUUACUUGAUUUUUAAAGUAAGAACAAGAUCAGAUAAACAUACCUAGCAGGAUUGGUUGGAUAAUCUUUUUUUUUUUUUUUUUUUGCUUUUCUUUCUUUUCUUUUUUUUUACUGCUGUGUUGUAACAUAGAAAUUUUAUAGAUAUGUACAUACCACUGUAUCUUCUCUAAUAAUUAAGACAAAUAUAAUUGCUCAACUCAGGGGUGGGUACAAAUCAAAUGGAAGAAAAAUGGUGUUCUGUUCAGGCACUGAAUUACAAGCUAUCGAUUUGGUAGGGCUGUUUUAAACAAGGAAAUUUUAUCUUUUCUAUUUUAAGGGAAUCUUUAUUGGUGUCUCAAUCAAAAAUGAACUGAUGCUGUGAAUAUAAAAAUGUGUAAAGAUGUUCAUACUCUUCUGUUACAAAAUGAAAAGUAUCACUUUAUAAUUUGUUCAUGCCAAAAAUAAUGCUGAGGAUUUGGAAUGUGUAUUCCUCUUUAUGAUUUUCUUCUAGCAAAUAUUUUUACUUGUAAAUGAAAUCAUAAUCCAUUAAGAGAUGUAUGCAAACUGGCAAUAUGCAUGAACAGUAACCACUGAAUAUUUAAUUGGUAUCAUUAUAAUUGCUUAAUUCACUUGAACUGUGUGUUAGAAAACUAUGUAUGCAUACAGUAGAUUUACAUAAUUACCCAUGUCAAUCUGUUACCUAAUCCCCACUGAAGGGAAUACCCUCAUAUGUCUGAAAGUUUGAAUUAAUUUGUCCAUCAGAAAGGCUAAUGCAGUUGUUCCCAUAAUAUAAUAUACUGGUUUUAAAAGAUAAUGUACAAACUAAUCCAUGCUUAAGUGUUGCACAUAUUUUUAUUUGCCUAUAUAAAUAUCACAGUUUGGAUUAAAUGGAAUUCCUAAACAAACAAACAAACAAAAAAGUAUCUCAGUUUCUUUAUGCUAUUCCUGUAUUUAAAGAAUUACUGUGAUAACACUGAGUUGGAGCUAGAUUUGCUCAGAGUGGAACUGCAUGCAUUGAUGAUUUUGUGUUUAAAAAGUGAUUUUUACUGAUUCCUCAGUGCUCCCAGAAAUCUUCUCUUAAGGAUUAAGAGACACAAAGUAUUGUGCAAGGUGGUGCAGAAAUGUGUGGGAGAGAAUGAAUGAACAAAAAUUGCUGCCCCACUCUUCAUCCAUCCGAAAGUAUCUUCUGGGUUCUGAUUCCCUCUGCCAAUAGAAGAAACUUUUUCAUGCACAGUGGAACAACUUUGGCUCCAUCUCACUGUUAUCUAUAUUUAAAGCAAUCUAAUUAAUUUACAGCAAUUCCAAGUAGAAUAGAUUAGCUCAGAUGGCUUCAGCAUCUUAUCUCCUACAAGUCCAAACUAGAUUGCUCUGAAAAGCCAACAAACAACAAAUAAAGGCAAUAUCCAUCUCUCAUUGUUACACAGCAACUGAUAGUUAGGGGCAUACCUCUUUGGAACCUGGAACUUCCCUUCCGUAUGUAGCAAUUGAUAGACUGAUUUCCAUGCAUUUGUUUAAUACCCCUUUAAAUGUAGUUAUUUUACAUGUGGCAGCACAUGCUGCACCUCAAUUGUAUAUUUACUUGAAAGAUUUUUCUAAUUGAUUCCAUUGGAAAACAUUUAUCUAACUUUUCUAGAAAUGUAUAAUUUUACAAAAUCAAGACCCAAAUGAUUUAGCCUUCUCUAGGGAAGAUGCCACAAGCCCUGGGUAACCUUUUCCAGUCUGAAGUAUGAUAACCUGAAUCCUAUGUCCAAAAGCAGCUGCACCAUAGAUUUUGUAUAAAGUGUUAUAAUAGUGCACUUUUUUUGUUUUAUUUCCAGUACAUUAAAGAUUUUUGCCCUUUA